AAAAGAUCCCAAGAACACGACAAGGAAAAUGCAAAGGUUGUAUCUAAAACUAUGAGUUUUCAUAGAUCAGCUUCCUGGAAGACUCGAUACCUGGGUAAAGAAAAUAUGGAAGGUUUUGACACAGAAAGACCAUUGGUAUAUGAUCUUGAUGAGAUAGCAGAGGCUACAAACAAUUUCGAUGAUACUAGGAAAAUUGGAGAGGGUGGAUAUGGGAGUGUAUAUUUCGGCGUUUUGGGAGGAAAGGAGGUAGCUGUAAAGAAAAUGAGAUCCAACAAGUCAAAAGAAUUUCUGGCAGAACUCAAAGUAUUGUGUAAAAUUCAUCAUAUCAAUGUGGUGGAGCUAUUGGGAUUUGCCAGUGGAGAUGAUCAUUUCUACUUGGUUUAUGAGUUCAUUUCAUAUGGAUCUUUAAGUGAGCAUCUUCAUGACCCUUUACUCAAAGGUCACCAGCCACUCUCUUGGACUGCAAGAGCACAAAUCGCGUUGGAUACUGCAAAGGGUAUCGAGUAUAUUCAUGAUCACACAAAGGAACGAUAUGUACACCGAGAUAUAAAGACAAGUAAUAUUCUACUCGACAACGGGCUGCGAGCAAAGGUUGCAGAUUUUGGUUUGGCAAAACUUGUUGGACGAACAAACGAUGACGACUUCAUAGCAACUCGUCUUGUUGGAACACCGGGAUAUCUGCCUCCAGAGUCUGUCAAAGAAUUGCAUGUAACAACAAAAACCGAUGUUUUUGCAUUUGGGGUGGUUCUAGCAGAGCUUAUAACUGGAAAGCGUGCACUCAUGCGUGACAAUCAAGAGCCCAAUAAGAUGAAAUCACUCAUAACAGUUAUAACUAGAGUAUUUGAAGACAGUGAUCCAGAAGGUGCAUUAGUAUCCAUUAGAGACGGUAGCCUCAGGGACAGUUAUCCCAUGGAUGAUUUAUACAAGAUGGCUGAAGUUUCGUAUUGGUGCCUAAGUGAAGAUCCAGUUAACAGACCAGAAGUAGGAGAGAUAGUGGAGUGUUUAGCUCGAAUUCUGAUGUCCUCAGUUGAAUGGGAAGCAUCACUGGGAGGGAGUAGCCAAGUUUUUAGUGGUGUAUUCGAUGGGCGAUGAAAACCUGGAUAUUAGUUGAUUGCAGUUAUAAAUAGACAUGGUCCUC